AUGCAGCAACAGCAAAGGCAACCGGUGGAGCAUUAUCUGUAUGUGGAGCUUAUAUCGCUCACUUACAGUGGUCCCGCUCCAGCCCCCGCACCGGCAUGCACGGACCCAACGCCGGAUGAGCAGCUCCGCCAGGCCAUUACUCACAAGAAGGAGAUGCUGAAGCAGAAGGAAGCGCAGCAGCGACAGCAGGUCGCUCACGGUGCGGGCCAGGCCCACAACCCCGCCUCAGGUACUGCGAGUGGUGGUGGGUCCUUCACGAAGCAUCUGUCCGUCAGCGCCGGCGAAAUUUUUUCCAACAUCAAGAGCUCUGUCUCGCACGCGGUCCUAUCCCUCGAGAAGGGCGCCACGAACGUGUCGACCCGCACGGAGGAGCAAAUGCGUCAGUACGAGUACCAGCACGACUUGGACCGCUUUCGCCUGCACUUUUGGGAGCUAGUCGAGCAGGGCGAGUUGCUCCUGGGCGCCUAUCGCUGCAGCGCGAUGCACGGCGGCGUUCAAGUUAAUGGCCACAUUCAGAUCACACGCCAUUACCUGUGCUUCUUCGCGGACACCUCUUCGACUAUCACCAAGACGACGGAUGCAGUCAGGGACGCCUUGGCGUCAGUCCGUCAGCCGGCCGGCGCCAACCCCGAGGGGCGGCACCGCCCUGUUGGCAUCAAGCUGGUGACUCCCUUGGUCGAGAUCGCCUCUAUCCAGCCUUCUGUGGCGCACAAGACCAUCGACGGUCAGGCGCCCUUCUUCACGCUGCUUCCCGCAGCGACGGUGUGUGCGACAGCGUUGCAGGUGUACACGGCGGACAAGAAGCUCCACCAAUUCCUGAACUUCGAGUCUCUCAUGUCCCGGGCUUCUGGGGCGCUCUCCGAGCUCAAGACCUCCCCACUGGAUCAGACGUACAACUACCUUGACCAUGCGUGGCGUGAAUUGGUGACUGUGCCGUUGAAGGGUGUCGAGUAUGCGUAG